AUGAGGCGACAAUUUUGGAAGAGCCAGCAUCUUUUCACCACCAAAUCUGCUUUGCUCUCUCUCUUGCAAAUCCUCGCAAGUUCGGCUCGAAGUACAGCGCACGAUGAACCAACUGCAACCACAACAGUGAUCGUUUCAGCCACUGAAACCUAUUAUCCAUCAUCCACCUCUACGCCCGUCCCGAUCAUAAGCCCCGAUCCCUGGGUGAUUCCGUUGGUCGGACUGUCCGAAGAUGUUACAACACCUUGGGGUGCCAAUGUCACGACUGGGAAUGGCACAGUGAAUGCGUAUACCAUAUCUGUUGGGGAAGGCGACAGCGACAGUGACGGUGGGGAGUACGGUACCCAACUACUGAACCGAACACAGUACGCUUUGAUGGACGCCCAGUUCUUAGGAGACCUCAACGGCAACCAUGUCAAUCUCUCCGUCUCCCAGAACGACCAUCCCAUACUCAAUCUGGGAAACAGCUCUCAUCUGACGGUCACCACCAGCGGUAAAGAUGAAAAUAUUCUCAUCAACACGGUCCCUUUUGGCUUGAACCUAGGCCAUAAAGGCGAAUGGAAUGGUUCACUCGCAGUAGGCGGGCUCUACGACGCCAAUCGUCUUACCGACGAUGCGACAUGUUGGAUCUCCCUUGCAGAGACCAUGAACAACAACGGUACCUUUCUGCAGACCGCCAAGCAGACCCUCUCCGCCGUCAUUGUACGCGUCUGGAAGUAUAAUCCUAGUCCUAGUGGCACCAACACGAGCAUCAACGCCAAGGUGAAACGGUCCGGUCCCUUCUCGGUCUCCGACGAGGCUGAACCCAGCAUCGUGUACCCUGCUCGGUUGGAUCUGACCAGCGACACGCUGAUCCUGCCACGGGACUGGUGCGGCCGCAACGUCACGCUGGAAAUCAACAUGUUUCCGAACCGAGUCGGGAGUGUCUCUAGUUCGAUUCUGAUCGGUAUCCCCGGGAACCUAACCGACAGCAGCAGCCGGUGCAGCUUCGAGCAGGAUACUGAGGAGAUUGUUCUCGGUCGUCCUUUCUUUCAGGCGGCCUAUCUUUAUGUUGAGGUAACCGGCGAGGUGAGGAUCCUUCCUGCCAAUCAAUACGAUCUUCCACCCAAGCCAAUUCCGUUCGACGCAACUGCGAGACCCGUUCUGCCUGACCGCCGCACCUCAAGGUAUAGCCCUGGUGCUGCGGGUGGGACUCUGGUCAAAGGCAGCAGGGCUGACCGAAACUUGCCUGUUGAGACGGCGGUCAAUCGUGCUCUUGCCGUUUUGCUGGUACUUGCUGGUUUCGCGUUUUUGCUUUGA